CUGGCGAGAAUGCAAAUAGUUGUCAAGGUCCGAUGCGGGACGUGAGUUCAAGUUGUUCAUCAACUCUGGCUCAAGUAACCCGUAUCCCUGCUCGCAUCUUUACGCCUGCAUACCUGUACGCCUGGACCAUAGCUGAGCUCGCACCGCCUUCGAAGGACGAGUGUCGGUGCACAGCAUGGACGAUGAUCUGGCUCACCAUUAGUCUCCACGCAUGGAACGCACCUCGGGUCGUCAAAAACAGCAGGUGAUCCAUAUGAUCACUCUUGACUCGAACCACGCCGUAGUGUCUGUUGACAUCGCUCACCGUCCACCAGUCGACCAAUUGAAUCCAACGAACUAACUGUCAAGAGGACCGCGAUGAGCGCCAGACAAUUCGAACUGCUCCAUAUCCCAGUGGAUGACAAGGCCUGCUGGACCAUCCCCAUCUUAGACGGCCGGAACCGACCCAUCCCCUGGGCGGCAUUCGGCGACUACAGCGCUCCCGUAUUGGCUCACUUUGCGGAUGACGACACCGACGCCUUCACGAUAUCCUCUGAGGACACGGGGCUCUGCUCGAUACCCGAGGAUGUGGACGACGACCUCACGGGCUCGUCAUGCUACUCACGCCACUCCUGGCCCAUAGACGAGAAUCUUACAGAAGACAUCGGUCAACUUGAGGAAGAGGAGCCCGAGGAGGCAGAGGAGGACUUCGGCGGGCCACGCGAAGUGUGCCACUCGUUCUUCUUUCGCGGGGCGCAGUAUGAGACCGUUCGCACCAUCGUUCGCGCGAACAGCGAGUCCGCCUUCUCCGGACUGUACUCGUCGGACUCGGACUCGGACGCCUGGUCAAGCAGCAGUACCAGUCUGAGCCUGAGUGGCGACGUCCCGGACGACGUCUCCGACCCCGGAACAGACACGCCCCAGCUCUCUCGCUCGCCCACGCCCGACCCGCUGGACGCCGUGCGCUGCGGAGUCGAGCUCAUCGCCGCUCGGCAACACCUCGAGGAGGACCUCUACUACCGCGAGCACGAGUGGCUGCUUCAGCAGAUCGGCUGUGGGCGGAUGGAGAUCUGGGUAACGGAGGAGCGGGUGGAGCGCACCGAGUUGAGCGAAGACUCGCGGCCGAGAGUAUUCUUCGCCCCUCCGUCGGGGCGACGCCAGUCGCUUGGGGGCUGCUCUUAGUAGGCUCAGAGGCGACGGCGCGGGACACAAGCCCUUCACUUAGCGAUUACCUCGGGUAUUCGCCCUCCUCGAGGGUCAACAUCAACGCCAUCUUCGACUCGGUCUACC